AUGCCUUCGACUGAGCUUUUCCCCACCCACGACACGGGCGUACUGAGGUUAGCACUCAUCAUAGCUGGCCUGUGUCUCGCAGUCCUUCUCACAGGAAUGGACCAAACUAUCCUGGCGACUGCUGCGCCAACGAUCAGUGAUGAUUUACAUGCUCUAGACGACACUGACUGGUGGACGAAUAUCUAUCUCCUCAUGCCAGCAGCUUCCAAAUUACCCAAUUCUACCGCUCUGAUCUUUGGCCGUGCGAUAGCAGGGUUAGGGGCGUCCGGUAUCUUCUCUGGCGGAGUUUUUAUUACCACCAAGCUCAUACCUCUAGCCCACAGGCCCGCUCACCUCGCUAUAGCCGGCCCUUUCAUAGGCGGCGCAUUGACGGAUCGAUCGACGUGUUCAUUGGAUAUGAAAGAGAAAAUCGCAUGGUUCGAUAUCCGCACAGUCCUCACGGUCGCAGGCUUGCUCUGUUUACUUUUAGGUCUCCAAUGGGGAGGCGGAAUAUACUCUUGGAGCAACGCACGAUUAGUGGCACUGCUAGUCCUCUCAGUGGUGCUGCUUGUCGCAUUUGCCAGAUGGCAACUUUGGGACCGAUCCACAGACUCCAGAACCAUUCCGACUACUAUAAGCUAUGCGAUAGGACUUACUAACAGCCUAUACGUUACAAUUCUAUACCUACCGUUCUGGCUCCAAAUCAUCCGGAGCAAGAGCCCUCUUUCUUCUGGAGUUUUACUCGCCCCUACUAUUGGAGCUUACAUUGUUGGCUCUGUUGCUGGAGCACUGACAACGGCCACUGAGUACUACAACCCUGGAUUGAUCUUAGGAUUUCUUCUACUCAUCCUAGGUGCUGCUCUCUUGACUAACUUAAACCCAACAACCCCGACAUCGAAAGUUUUUGGACAACCUAGCUGCAUUGUCCAGGCACUCAUUCCGGAGUGCGAUAACCUGAGUGCUUCGGUAUCCGUGGCGGCCGGACAGAGUGUAUUCAAGAACAGCCUGGUCUGUCAACUACCCACUACGGCACCCGAAACUAACAGGAGUGGGUUUUUGCAAAGAGAUGCUGGAAACAUUCUCAGCGCAAUACCUUUAUCAGAUCAGAGUAAGAGACUGGGUGCUAUCAGUGGUGUGCUUGUCAAACCUUUUAUAUUACCCUUGCAGUAUCAUGCACGACCUGGUUCGGAGCUGUAG